UCUGGGCGCUGGGCGCUGGUGAGCCGGGGUGGGUGGGGGGUCAGCAGGCGCCCUGGAGCCCCCCACCUCCGCGAUGGACGCUGUGGCAGCCUUCGGCAUGGAUAAGCAAUUUGCCCCAAACCCGGUGCGGAUUUUGGACCCUCCGGACAACCCCCAGGCUCGGAAAAACUUCAGCGUCAGCCACCUCCUGGAUUUGGAGGAAGUUGCCGCCGGCAUGAAUGGGGCAGCCAAGGAAUCCGGCGCAGAGGCGAGGGAGAGCGGCAAGGGGGGGCCGGACCCCUCUGGGGGCAGCAGCGGGAGCGAAGGAGGAGGCGCCCUUCGGGAAGGUGAGAGCUUGAGUGCAUCCCGCAGCUCCGCCAAGCGGAAGAAGAAGCAGAGGAGAAACCGCACCACAUUCAACAGCAGCCAGCUCCAGGCUCUGGAGAGGGUCUUUGAGAGGACGCACUACCCCGAUGCCUUUGUCCGGGAGGAGUUGGCACGGAGGGUCAGCCUUAGUGAGGCCAGAGUGCAGGUAUGGUUUCAGAACCGGAGGGCCAAAUUUCGCCGAAAUGAGAGGGCCAUGCUUGCCAACAGAUCGGCAUCACUCCUCAAAUCCUACAGCCAAGAUGCAGCCAUUGAACAACCCAUGGCCCCCCGUCCAACCAACCUGAGCCCAGACUAUCUCUCCUGGUCAACAACAUCCCAAUACAGCAACACAGUGCCUUCGUACACUUCUAGCAGCCCCACCACGCCCACCCAAGGGGUCAACAUGGCCAACAGCAUUGCCAGCUUACGCCUCAAAGCCAAAGAGUUCAGCCUUCAUCAGAACCAGGUGCCCACUGUGAACUGACCACGGGGUCGUGCCGAAGAGGCAAGCCUGCCUCAUGUUCCCCUGCAGCCAGGAUCUCCACCCCCGCCUGCUUCAAAGUCCAGCCCCGCUGGGCAGCCGAGACCUUGAUGAUUCUUGCUCCAGCAUCACCAACACCUUCAUACGUUGUCCGUCUCUCUUACUCUGCCCUUUGUCUCUUUCACCCCCUCUCUGGAAGACAGACGUUCACAAUGUCUUUCUUUCCCCCCAAAUUAAAUUCAUUGGCUUUGAGGAAUGAAGGAAUGAGACACUCUGGCAGGGUUUGAUUUUAGCAGAUGGGGUGGCCAAGAGAAACUAUCAAACCCUCCAGAGGCGAUGGUGAGAAGUGUAAAGCCAAAUCGCCCUACAGUUACUUCACCCUUUCUUUUCUCAGCAGAUCAAAAGUUCAGAGCUGUUCAACUGAAGUUUUGAAAGAGAAGAACUUUACCUCCUGAGAACUUGAUGAAAGUUUCUGAACCUGCUGUACCUGUAUUCACUUAUCCAGCCCCACAUGGUACAAGUGUACAUUUUGGGGGAAUACAGCAACUCAACAUUGCUAUAACAGA